AUGGCGGCGCGCGCAGCGGUGUGGCUGGCCAGCCUCGGCUGCGCGGUGCAGGUGAAGGCCGGGACCCAGGUGGACGGAAGCGGCACGACGAAUCCGUCCAAGUUCUUUUGGCAGCUCAUGGAGACGAUGGAGGCGCGCGCCAAGGAGGACAUCCGCCUGACAUACCGUGCCGUCGGCAGCAGCAACGGCCAGAGGGAGUUCAGCUCGGCUUCCGAAUCCGCGGCGGACAGCGGCGACUACUCGUCCUCCGUCAAUGACUUCGGCGCAGGUGACAUCCCGAUGACGCAGGAACGCUACGACGGAAUGCUCGACUCCGGCAGGGAGAUGCUCCACGUGCCAUUCUGCUUGGGGGCCAUCGGCGUAUUCCACAACGUCCCCGCAGCCGAAGUCGGCAACGACGGCCUCAAGCUGUCACCGUGCGUGCUCGCCAAGAUCUUCGACGGCGCGAUCACGACCUGGGACCACGCUGACAUUGCUGUGGACAACCCCAAUCUGCAGGUGCCCGCGGGCAAGCAGAUCAAAGUCUGCCAUCGCUCAGAUGGCUCCAGCAGCACCACCGGCUUCACCGGCUAUCUGGAGAACAAGUGCUUGUCAGAUUGGCCCAGGGGGUCCGGCAGCACGAUCACGUGGAGCACGUCGAGCAACUUCCAGGACAACGAGGGCUCGCCAGGCGUGACCGCUUGCAUUGAGGACACCAGUGCCUUUGCACGGUGGCGGAUCUCUGACAACGAAUAUUCCAUCGGCUACCUCGAUGCUGGCCACGGGCACAAUCGCAAUUUCCCAGAGGCGAUGCUGAAGAACGAGGCGGACAAUUGGCUCACCUCAGCGGAGGCCAUCGAUUACGAGGACAACAAUGGGGAAAAUGGAGUCGCUGCCGCCGCCGCAGCGUUGUCGAGCCCGCCAGACGCCGAUGCGAGCUGGGCGGCCAUCGACCUUUAUGCGAGGGAUGGAGACAUGACCUGGCCCAUUGUGCUCAUCUCGUACAUCUACCUUCAGAAGAACAUGAGCACCAUGGACAGUCAGAAGGUCCAACUCCUCACAGCGUUCGUGGACAUGGUCCUGACCGAGGACGAGGGCCAGGCGUUGCUGCCGGACUACUCGUUCAAUGCGGUUCCGCAGGCCUGGGCGAACAGGUGGUUCAGCACAGUCAAAGCCAUGAUCAUUUUACCCUCGACGCCUGGGACGGAGUACAACAUGGAGGGAGACACCACGGUGCAGUGGGCGGGUAUGAGCGACACCUACAUCAGCAAGAAGCGUAGCUCGUACUCGCUGUGGAAGCUCAGCGAGAUCGACAUUGCCAUGACGGCUAUGGAGGCACGUGUGGCAGCACUGGAGACGACGCUCAACGAUUACGGCAUCGUGGCGCUCCACGGAAGCGGCACCACCAACCCGAAGAAUUGGUUCGCCAAGGCCAUGAAGUUGCUCGAGACGAGGGCGCGCGCGCCCCUCCACCUCACCUACCGCGCGGUCGGCAGCAGCACAGGCCAGGCGGAGUUCGUCGGCAACGCCGACAAUGGUUACCAGAGCUACAACCACUUUAGCGCAGGUGACAUCCCGAUGAGUGAGGACAACUAUCAGAAGCUCACGGCGGGCAAGGAGAUGGUCCACUUGCCAUUUGCGCUGGGAGCCAUCGGCAUUUUCCACAACGUCCCAGCGAGCGUUCGCGGCAACACCGACAUCCAGCUCACCGCAUGCCUCCUGGCCAGAGUUUUUAACGGUGACAUCACCACUUGGGACCAUCCAGAUAUCAAGGCGUUGAAUUCAAACCUGGACCCGCCAGCGAACCAAAAGAUCAUGGUCGGCCACCGCACGCUUGGGUCCAGCAGCACGGGCGGCAUCACUGGCUACCUCGACAAGAGUUGUCAAGCGUCUUGGCCGCGCGGUCAGGGAUCAACCAUCUCUUGGCCAGACACGGCGUCGGGGCACGACAACUUCUUUGCUGUUCAGGGCUCCCAGGGCAUGCAGACUCACAUCGAUGGCACAGAAUACUCGAUCGGCUACCUUGACGCCGGACACGGGCACGACCUCAACUUUGCGGAGAUCGCCCUGCAGAAUGCGGAUGGGUAUACUCGCACAUCCAAGGAGUCCCUUGCGGCAGACCCGAACGGCGUGGCCGCAGCAGGCAGCAAGGGCGUCUCAGAAGGCAGCUUUCCUGCAGACGCCAGCGCCGACUGGAGCGCGGCGAACAUCCUCAACAUGGACGGCUCAACGACGUGGCCUAUCACUCUUGUCAGCUACCUGUACGUCAAGAAGGAUCAGCAGAGCACGAAUCCGAAGACCGCGGCGGCCUUGAAGGCUUUCAUCGAGUUCAUCCUGGACGACCACGAUGGCCUCCUCGAGGAGUUCGGCUUCACGGCGCCGGACUCCGCGCUGAAGACCUUGGCCGCGACUGGGGCUGGUACCAUCGUGUGGCCGGCAGGCAUGGAGGAGUUUGUGUUCGAGGAGUCGACGGACACGUACGGCGGCAUGGGCACCAACGUCAUCAGCGCGAAGCGCACCUCCUACGACCUGUACGAGGGAGGUGUGCUCGAGGAUUCGCUGGCCGAGCUGCAGGCGGAGAUGGCCAGCGGCAGCCACUCGAGCAGCGCGGCGGCAGCCACCGAGGACAGCGACGGCGACCCUCUGCCCCUGGCUCUGUCCGUCCUCGCGCUCGUCCUCUCGCUCUGCUCGGGCCUUCCGGGCUGCCUCGCCCUCAAGCGCGCCUCGGGCCGCGGCCCCGAGGACACCAGUGCCUUUGCACGGUGGCGAAUCUCUGACAACGAAUAUUCCAUCGGCUACCUGAUGCUGGCCACGGGCACAAUCGAAUUUCCCAGAGGCCUGGGCGAACAGGUGGUUCAGCACAGUCAAAGCCAUGAUCAUUUUACCUCGACGCCUGGGACGGAGUACAACAUGGAGGAGACACCACGGUGCAGUGGGCGGGUGUGCGACACCUACAUCAGCAAGAAGCGUAGCUCGUACUCGGAGUGGGAUGAGGCGAGAUCGACAUUGGUGGACGGCUAUGGAGGCACGUGUGGCAUGCUGGAGACGACGCUCAACGAUGACGGCAUCGCUGCGCUCCACGGAAGCGGCACCACCAGCCCGACCCGAUGGUUCGGCAAGGCCAUGAAGUUGCCCUGGACGAGGGCGCGCGCGCCCCUCACCGUUGGGACCGCGCGGUCGGCAGCAGCACAGGCGUUGAAUUCAAACCUGGACCCGCCAGCGAACCAAAAGAUCAUGGUCGGCCACCGCACGCUUGGGUCCAGCAGCACGGGCGGCAUCACUGGCUACCUCGACAAGAGUUGUCAAGCGUCUUGGCCGCGCGGUCAGGGAUCAACCAUCUCUUGGCCAGACACGGCGUCGGGGCACGACAACUUCUUUGCUGUUCAGGGCUCCCAGGGCAUGCAGACUCACAUCGAUGACACAGAAUACUCGAUCGGCUACCUUGACGCCGGACACGGGCACGACCUCAACUUUGCGGAGAUCGCCCUGCAGAAUGCGGAUGGGUAUACUCGCACAUCCAAGGAGUCCCUUGCGGCAGACCCGAACGGCGUGGCCGCAGCAGGCAGCAAGGGCGUCUCAGAAGGCAGCUUUCCUGCAGACGCCAGCGCCGACUGGAGCGCGGCGAACAUCCUCAACAUGGACGGCUCAACGACGUGGCCUAUCACUCUUGUCAGCUACCUGUACGUCAAGAAGGAUCAGCAGAGCACGAAUCCGAAGACCGCGGCGGCCUUGAAGGCUUUCAUCGAGUUCAUCCUGGACGACCACGAUGGCCUCCUCGAGGAGUUCGGCUUCACGGCGCCGGACUCCGCGCUGAAGACCUUGGCCGCGACUGGGGCUGGUACCAUCGUGUGGCCGGCAGGCAUGGAGGAGUUUGUGUUCGAGGAGUCGACGGACACGUACGGCGGCAUGGGCACCAACGUCAUCAGCGCGAAGCGCACCUCCUACGACCUGUACGAGGGAGGUGUGCUCGAGGAUUCGCUGGCCGAGCUGCAGGCGGAGAUGGCCAGCGGCAGCCACUCGAGCAGCGCGGCGGCAGCCACCGAGGACAGCGACGGCGACCCUCUGCCCCUGGCUCUGUCCGUCCUCGCGCUCGUCCUCUCGCUCUGCUCGGGCCUUCCGGGCUGCCUCGCCCUCAAGCGCGCCUCGGGCCGCGGCCCCGAGGCGCGCGCCUUCGCCGCCGCCGCUCCGCCGGACGUGGUGGGCUCCCCGGCGAACCACGAGUGCUUUGCCAGGGUGUUCUGUUCCUCGAAGACCACCCGCGACCGAGUCCGAGCUUGCUGCAGCAUGGCGGCGCGCGCAGCGGUGUGGCUGGCCAGCCUCGGCUGCGCGGUGCAGGUGAAGGCCGGGACCCAGGUGGACGGAAGCGGCACGACGAAUCCGUCCAAGUUCUUUUGGCAGCUCAUGGAGACGAUGGAGGCGCGCGCCAAGGAGGACAUCCGCCUGACAUACCGUGCCGUCGGCAGCAGCAACGGCCAGAGGGAGUUCAGCUCGGCUUCCGAAUCCGCGGCGGACAGCGGCGACUACUCGUCCUCCGUCAAUGACUUCGGCGCAGGUGACAUCCCGAUGACGCAGGAACGCUACGACGGAAUGCUCGACUCCGGCAGGGAGAUGCUCCACGUGCCAUUCUGCUUGGGGGCCAUCGGCGUAUUCCACAACGUCCCCGCAGCCGAAGUCGGCAACGACGGCCUCAAGCUGUCACCGUGCGUGCUCGCCAAGAUCUUCGACGGCGCGAUCACGACCUGGGACCACGCUGACAUUGCUGUGGACAACCCCAAUCUGCAGGUGCCCGCGGGCAAGCAGAUCAAGGUCUGCCAUCGCUCAGAUGGCUCCAGCAGCACCACCGGCUUCACCGGCUAUCUGGAGAACAAGUGCUUGUCAGAUUGGCCCAGGGGGUCCGGCAGCACGAUCACGUGGAGCACGUCGAGCAACUUCCAGGACAACGAGGGCUCGCCAGGCGUGACCUGCCUUUGCACGGUGGCGGAUCUCUGA